CGAGUGAACGCUGCAGACGCAACAUGCUACUGCACAUACUACUUACCGACAUGAUACUUUGAUAUGUACACAUGUACAUGGUCACCGCUGUUCUGCUACCCCGACGAUCGUUGGGCAACACGGCCCCUUGGGGUAGUAAUUAUUAGGAUUACUAUACAGUCGUCACUAAUAAGUACUUACUGCAAACACCAGCAGCGGCUGACAUGCAUCUUGCGCCAACUUUGGACCAUGCUCGGUAACCGUCGGUUUUGAUACCAUCUUUGCAUAUCAACCCUUAAGUCGGUCCGCCCCCUCGCCCCUUCUACAUGCAGCACGCGUCUGUCCCCCAGCCUAAGCCUCGAGUAUGUAUCGAGUCAAUGACGAUCAGUAUGGGGUCACUGAGACGACAGUCGCAUCCUGCCCUAUACUUUCAACUUCACCCAACAGAUCUUCUCUCUCCCCCUAAAGAGACCAUCCCACGCACCGACACAUGCUUUGCAAAUUGCCUCUCCCGCUCCACUGCAUGCUCGCAGCUCGCACAACUCAUGUCCCGUGACGCGCCCAACUUGGCUCCUGCACCCUUCCCGCGCCGCACCUACUACCAUGUAAAUAGCAAUAGCACGCGCACUAGCCGUAGUCGACCCCUUCGCCUAACGCUCUUGCUGAAUGCGUUUGCAUGCUGCUAACCUGUCGUCCCCGCUCGCUAUGCAUCAUC